AUGCGAUUAUGCGUGCACUUUAUACGAUCGCCUGGUGGUGUUGGCGAUGUUGCUUCUAGGGCCGGGGUGGGAGGGGCGCUAGCUGGAAAGGUACGGGUACAGGUACAGAUGCAGCAGCGCAGAGGGAUUACGAUUGAGCAGUUGGACGGGAGGAGAGAUGGAAAGAAAGCUAAUCAACACAUCUUCUGUCCUCUCCGUCCAGCCCGAGAACGCAUCGUCAUCCUAGGAUCAGGCUGGGCAGGCUUCAGCCUCGCACGCGGGCUCGACCCCCGGAAAUUCCAAGCCGUGGUGGUCUCCCCACGCUCGCAUUUUGCGUUUACGCCGCUGCUGGCGUCGACGGCGGUGGGCACAUUGGAGUUUCGGACGGCGCUGGAGCCGGUGCGGAGUAAGCGGACGCGGGUGGAUUUCAUCCAAGGGUGGGCAGACGACGUGGAUUUCAGGCGCAAGACGGUGACGAUCGAGGAGGCCGUGGAUGAUCCGUUGCAGGCUCUGGCCCCCCUUUAUGAUCGCCAUGCUGGGGAGUCGGCGGAGCAGCGGGCGAGGGCGAACGAGGCGGAGGUGGCAAAAGGGAGACAGUUUGAUUUGACGUAUGACAAGCUGAUUGUGACGGUGGGCUGUUAUAGCCAGACGUUUGGCACGCCGGGCGUCAGGGAGCAUGCCUUCUUCCUCAAGGACGUCGGCGAUGCGCGCAAGAUUCGCAAUAGGCUGCUGGCCUGCUUCGAGGGCGCAGCGCUACCCACCACGACGGAGGAGAUGCGCCGCCAGCUUCUGAACUUUGCAGUGGUCGGCGGAGGACCGACGGGCAUCGAGUUCAGCGCUGAACUGCAUGAUUUGAUCCACGAGGACCUGGCCAAGAUUUACCCGGAACUCAUCCCAUACCAUAAAAUCACCGUCUACGAUGUCGCGGACAAAGUACUACCCAUGUUUGACGAGAAGUUGGCAAAGUACGCGUCACAGCGGUUUGCCCGCAGUGGCAUUGAUAUCAAGACUAGCCAUCAUGUCGAGUCGCUACGGUUAGGAGCCCCGGCUGAGCGGACGAUUUCUAAAGACGUCAAUGACUACCGCCUGUUCACCCUCAAGCUCAAGGAAGAAGGCGACAUUGGAGUCGGCAUGUGCGUCUGGAGCACAGGACUGAUGCAGAACCCCUUUGUGGCGCAAUCACUCGACGACGUCCGACAAGCCCCAGACAACCUCCAACUCCUCGACAGCAACCAAGCCCUCCAGCACCUCAAAGGCGUAAAAUGGAAAGUAAAAAAACACCCCCGCUCAGGCUCCAUCAUCACCGACACCCGUCUGCGCGUCAAACUCGAGCCCUCGACCACCACCGCCGGCCCCCAAUCCACAGGCCCAGAAGCCGUGAACCCGGACGUGUUUGCCCUCGGAGACUGCGGUGUCAUCCAGGACACGAGCUACCCGGCCACUGCGCAAGUGGCCUCGCAAAAGGCCCUGUGGCUGACCAAACGGCUCAACAAGGGGGAUGUGGAUAAGACGGCGUUUACGUACCGGAAUCUGGGUACGCUUGCGUAUAUUGGGAAUUGGGAUGCUUUGUUCCAGGGGGGCGGCGGAGGGAGGCUGCAGGGCUAUCUCGCGUGGAUUAUAUGGCGGGGGGCCUAUUUGACCAAGACGUUCCGUCGACGUGGCUCGGUGGGCGAGCAGAUGACUUGA